AUGGCUCAUUCCAGAACGUUUACAGAACAGCUACAUCACUUGCGAUGCCUUAAUGAUGAAAUUUUGAAAACAACAGAUGAUAUCAACGAAAGCUUGGUUGAAUCAGAAAUUACCCAUAUAGAGAGCAAAUCUGUUGGGGAAUCGAUAACGACUGCGACUACAACUACCUUCACAAUGAAACAAAACAGUGAAAUAGUCCAUUACCUUCUACCGUUUUUAAACAGCCUAAUCAAAAGCUUUUAUUCAUUUUAUGAACAUAUUAAUGAUGUUGAGCAGCUUGACUUUCAGUUUAGUCAAUUCAGAAAGUCUAUGACAUUCUCACCUGUUUGUAAAUUUAGCCAUAACACAACUCAAACGAAAGAUUUAGUUGGAACCGAAGUUGUUAAUAAAAAUGAGUGGUACGAAUAUCACAAUGGCAAUAUGACUAAGCUUUUUGAAAUAUUGGACACAAUACUAAUUCUACAGACCCAGCUCCUGAAUGCAUACAACAAUAAGCACAAUUCUUUAAAAACGAAUUACCAAUUGGAUAUUUUGUACUCAAUUUUCAUAGAUCCCAAAAGUUAUGGCUUGAAAGAAUCAGAUCAUGUCAAAUCUUUACGAUUGGAAAUGUUUAACGUAUUGCUGGAGCUAUUCAAAUCUGAAUUUAAAUAG